ACAGGCGCCAGCUCAACUGUUUCCUCUUCUCGUAUCGCUUUCCUUGCGCUCUAAAAUUUUCUCCUUAAAAACUCCCAAUUGAUCUCUUGCACUCCUCCAGUCGAUAGCCAUAAAUAUCCAAUCCGGACUCUGGGAAUCCACACAAUCUUAUCUACACCCAGACCCUUUCCCCUUGUCGGCCGCAAAACUAAGUAGUCGUCUGGUGAGAAGAGCAUAUACUCGCAAUUCUGGAUUCUCACCAUGGCGCCCCAUGCAGAAAGUCCGCAGAAUGAGUCCGCCAUCUUCUUUGAUAACGCGCUUCCCAGUGGCCAGGCGGCUACAACGGGCGGCAGCGGUCACCCAGACCCCGACGUCGUCAAGCCCAACAUUCUCUACAUCAUGGCCGAUCAAUUGGCAGCACCAUUGUUGAAAAUUCACGACCCAAAUUCUCCUAUCAAGACCCCGAACAUUGACCGCCUCGCCGCGGAGGGCGUUGUGUUUGAAAAUGCGUAUUGCAACAGUCCGCUUUGCGCGCCGUCACGUUUUUGCAUGGUCACCGGGCAGUUGCCGUACAAGAUUGGCGCGUUCGACAAUGGCUCUCACUUGAAUGCCGAUAUCCCAACCUACGCUCACUACUUGCGAAGGGAGGGCUACGAAACGACUCUGGCGGGAAAGAUGCACUUCGUUGGUCCUGAUCAACUUCAUGGCUUUGAACAUCGAUUGACUUCUGACAUUUAUCCUGGUGACUUUGGUUGGCAGGUCAAUUGGGAUGACCCAGACACCCGAUUGGAAUGGUACCACAACGCCUCUUCAGUUUUGCAGGCUGGCCGUUGUGUACGUUCAAAUCAGCUUGAUUAUGACGAAGAGGUCAUGUACAAGAGCACACAAUACCUCUACGACUAUGUGCGUCAAGGCGGUGAUAAGCGUCCGUUUUGUUUGACGGUGUCUUUGACUCAUCCACAUGAUCCGUAUGCUAUCCAUGAUGAGUUCUGGGAUAUGUACGAAGAUGUAGAAAUCCCUAUGCCGAAGGUCAAAAUCCCGCAGGAAGAACAAGAUAGCCAUUCAAAACGUCUCCUAAAGUGCACAGAUAUUUGGGAUAGCAAUUUGCCAGAGGAAGCCAUCAGGAGAGCUCGUCGUGCGUAUUUCGGAGCCUGCUCGUAUGUAGACAGCAACAUCGGUAAGUUGUUGAAGGUUCUUAAGAACUGCCACCUAGACAAGAACACCAUCGUCAUCUUCUCGGGUGAUCACGGUGACAUGCUCGGUGAGCGCGGGUUGUGGUACAAAAUGUCCUGGUUUGAAAACUCCGCGAGAGUGCCGCUUAUUGUCAACUACCCGCCGCGUUUUGCUCCUCGCCGCGUUCCAGGCGUCGUUUCGACCAUGGAUCUUUUGCCUACCCUCGUCGAAAUGAUUGGCGGUAAAAAGGAAAGUAUCCUACCCAUCGAUGGCAAGAGUCUGUAUCCGGCUUUGUUGGGCGAGCCAAUCGCCGAUGAGGUCUUCGGCGAAUAUAUGGGUGAAGGCACCAUCAGCCCUGUUGUCAUGAUUCGACGUGGCCCGUGGAAGUAUAUUACAUCACUCGUUGACGAGCCUCAAUUGUUCAACCUUGAAAAUGAUCCUGAGGAACUUCAAAACCUCGCAAAAGUUCCAGAGUAUGCUAUUACGGCGACAAAGUUCGCCAAUGAGGCUGCACGCAAAUGGGAUCUGCAGGCUAUCCACGAGAAGGUUCUAACCUCUCAACGCAUGCGUAGAGUGUGCUGGGCAGCUCUGAAACAGGGCAAAUUCGAGUCUUGGGACUAUAAUCCAGAAGAUGAUGGCCGCAAGAAGUAUAUUCGCUCCACCAUUCCCCUCGACGAUCUUGAGCUUAAGGCUCGUUAUCCUGCAGUGGAUGCUCUUGGAAGACCUUUGAUCACUGCUUCUCCUCACGGAAUCGCCGGUGCGAAGGGCGAAUGAGCGGUCCUCGAUUCUCAUCAACAAAUGUAACGACUCUCUUUUGUGGUCUUUACCGUACGGCGAGCUUCAACCAUUUUAGCGAUAUGUCUGAUCGCCGGAAGUGAAAUUCUUCUGUUGCGGAAUACCCUUCAUUUUAUAACCAUGUCAUCUGCAUAGCGAGCGAGCAAAUCUAACUGGUUGCCAAAGCAAAUGCGGAGCAUUUUGAUCGCACUUUAUUGCAGCCUAGCCUCGGCGUUAGGACUAGAGCUGUAUAGCCUCGAAUGUUAAGGAGCAUUGUUUCAACUUCUGUGCUUGGACGUUUGUCUUGACCUGAUUCAAAAAAUUGUACGCAUCCCUGAUGUAUUGACGCGAUCAGAAGCUAUUGAGAGCAAAUUAAGAAAAUUUAUUAUCGUGG